AUGAAGAUUCUGGAGGCAGCACAAAGAAGAACGAGUCUAAAGAAGUGCCGCAGAGAUCUCCGCGAAUAUAAUAUUCCACUAGCAGCCUUGCUGAGCGAAGACGGGACUCGCACGUCUUCUCGUCGUGAGAUGGAAAUCAUUACGGAAAGUCCACCACGGAUUCUCCCUUCGGAAGAACGAGUCGCUAUCAAGAGCAUGAAACCUGGCACAGCUCCCGCACCUGAUUUUAUAUCAGCAGACUUUCUUCGGGCUGAAAGAAAGGAUCUCAGACCAGUGGAAGACUUCGUUCUUAUCUAUAAAAAAAGUGACCGAGAGGACCUUCGGAACUACCGUCCGAUAUGUUUGCUGAGCGUGUUAUACAAAGUAUUCACCAAGAUCAUCCUCACACGCAUAUCUAGGACGGUGGAUGAAGCCCAGCCUCAAGAACAAGCUGGAUUCCGCCACGGGUUCAGCUGCUUGGACCACAUCCAGACCAUGUCGAGGGUCAUAGAGGUUUGCCGGGAAUACCGCCUGCCCUUUGUUCUAACCGUCGUCGACUAUGAGAAAGCCUUUGACAGCGUAGAAACGAAUGCAGUACUGUCAGCGCUGGUCGAUCAAAGUGUGAACGCGUCGUAUUUGAGGACAUUAGCCAGUUGCUACGAUCGAUGCACGACUAGGAUACAGCUUUUCCACCGCCCUCUCACCAUACCCAUUGGAAAGGGGGUACGACAAGGCAAUACUAUAUCGCUGAAGCUGUUCACGGCUGCAUUGCAAUGGAUAAUGGAAUCAAUUCCCUGGAAAGAAAGGGGCAUAUGUGUUGAUGGAAGAUUUCUCUCGAAGCAUUCUUUUCGCGGACGAGGAGUACAACAUGAAGGCUCCCAAAUCGUGGAAACUUCAUCAUACGUAUACCUCGGGCGUUCUAUGAACAUGGAAAACGACUUGAAGGGAGAACUGAAUAGAAGAAUGAGAGCAGCAUGGGCAGCAUUCGCAGCCGUCAGGGAAGCUACGGACUAA